AAGAAGGCCCUUCUUGGCUUUGUUUCAAUUCUGUGCCGUCCGGUCGGUGAUGCUCUACGAACGUUCAGCAGUUCUCCGAAAGGGAUCCUUUCGAACUCCGAAAUGCGAUGGGCGUUGGAGGGAACUUUUGGGAUUUGCUUAAGCCCCAAGCUCGAUUCGAAGGAUUUGAUUUCUUGAGGAAUAAAAGGGUCGCCGUGGACUUGUCGUACUGGAUUGUGCAGCAGGAGACCGCCAUUAAAGGGUACACUAGAAAUCCUCACAUUCGUCUCACCUUCUUCCGGACAGUCAAUCUUUUCUCCAAGUUUGGAGCAUACCCGGUUUUUGUACUGGAUGGGACCCCCUCGCCAUUAAAAUCUCAGGCCAGAAUAGCACGUUUUUUCAGGUCAUCUGGUAUUGACUCAUCACGUUUACCUGAGGCAGAUGAAGGUGUUUCGGUUGAGAGGAAUGGAAAAUUCAGAAAGUGUGUUGAAGAAUGUGUGGAGCUGCUUCAGCUUCUUGGAAUGCCUGUUGUAAAAGCAAAGGGUGAAGCUGAAGCACUUUGUGCACAGUUAAAUAGAGAAGGGAAAGUUGAUGCCUGUAUUACUGCUGACAGCGAUGCAUUUCUUUAUGGAGCUCAAUGUGUAAUCAAGCGAAUUCAUCCCAACUCGAAAGAACCUUUUGAAUGCUAUCAUAUAUCUGAUAUUGAGACUGGUAUUGGGCUUAAAAGAAAGCACUUGAUAGCUCUGGCUUUGUUGGUUGGAAAUGAUCAUGAUUUAAAUGGUGUAAGGGGAAUUGGGAUGGACACAGCUCUUCGUUUUGUGAAAUCUUUCCGUGAAGAUGAUGUAUUGGACGGGUUGCAUGAAUCAAAUGGGGGAGAUCUAUUUGGGAUCCAUGGAAGUACUGAUGCGGCAACAUGCAGUUUUAAUGAGAAAUCACCAAAGUUAAAAGUUCCGCAUUGUUCCCACUGUGGACAUCCAGGCAAAAAGACAAUGCAUCUCAAGUUUUCUUGUGACUAUUGCACUUCAACUUCUGGCCAGAGUUGCAAGCAGAAACCACCCGGAUUCAAAUGUUUCUGUUCUUCAUGUGAACUGGAAAAAGAAGAAAAAGCUAAGAAGAAAGACAUAGCUUGGCGAAUUUCUGUCUGCCGGAAAAUUGCAUCAGAGCAAAAUUUUCCAAAUGAUGAGAUUAUACAGAUGUACCUUAGAAACCAUCACGGGAUUGGUGAUGAUCCUAAAAUAAGAUGGGAAAGCCCCAAAACAGAAACUUUAGUGGAUUAUCUAGCUUUUUGGCAGCAUUGGGAGCCGUCUUAUGUGAGACAGAGAUUAUUGCCAAUGCUGUCAACUAUAUAUCUGCGUGAUAUGGCCUCAAACCCAACAAAUAACUUGUUAUAUGGGCAAUAUGAGUUUCAUAAUAUCCAGAGAGUUAAAAUAAGAUAUGGACAUAAAUUCUAUGUUGUUAACUGGAAGAAGGCUGGUUCUGUUUUGAGUGAUGAUGUGCACGAAAUUCCUGAAGAAAGUGGUACAAAUCAUGGAUCUGAGGCACUUGAUGAUGACUCUCUUGAUUUGUUAGAAGAGGCUGAUGCUCCUUACGUUCAUGUUGAUAAUGGAUGCUAUUUUUUAUCUACUGAUGAAGACAUCGAGCUUGUCCGAAAGGCAUUCCCAGAAAAAGCAAGCGAGAUUGUGAAGAAUAAGGAGCAAAAAGAAAAGAAAUCAAGAAAAAGGAAAAUACAUGAUACAACGACCCCUGAAAAAACAGAAGCGUCUGCAUCACAAGGCGUGCAGCUAAGUAUUACUGAGUUUUAUCGUACCUCAAAAGCUGUCAACAGAAGCAAAACUGAGAAUAACGCCGGAAAGGAUGGUGGUUCCUCGAAAGCGAAACAGAGCAAUGCAAGUCCAAGAUUGUCCAAAUCUGUCAGACGGCGCCUCUUGUUUGAUUAAUGGCUCAGAUACGCUUCCUACGUAAAUUUUAGAACUGGGAAGGAAGUUGUUUCUCUUGGGGAAACCAGACAGCAUACAGAAAUCAAAGGUAUUUGUGUCCUUGUUGUGAAUGAUGAUGUUACAUGCAGUAAUAUAGUUUCUGAGAUGCUUCGAUACUGC